GCCAAAAUAACGUUACUCGUUUGUCUGUCAAUGACUUCCGUAGAUCUGUGUUGAGCUUCCUAAUUUGUAAAUAAGAAAACAGGGUUGACGGUGACCUAAUCAAUGAAAAAUACUGGAUACUGAUAAAACCGAGAUGAUCGUUCUUAUUCCAACCCUACUAGGACACCUCAGUUAACAGCUCAGUUUGGCGAUCUCUCAAGGGGUAAUCCAUGCUUUCAGAUGAGCUUGACUCCAAACCUGAGCUGCUGGUUCAGUUUGUCCAGAACGCGUCCAUCCCUCUGGGGCAGGGUCUGGAGGACUCCGAGCCCAAACACACCUGCCUUCCCCUGCUGGCCCCGACAGACCGCUCCCUGUGCACACAGCUGGGCCUGACAGACACUGGUCUCAGCCAUGCGUCAGCCAGGUCUCCGUCCCUGUUGGAGUUCGGGGGUGUAGAUCGGAGCCCCAUGGUGGUGCACCCCGAUUCCCACCCCCCAAGCCCCCCUCCUGUCCUCCAUGACCUGCAGCGGUCAGAGAGCACGUCCUAUGUCCUCCUCAACCUCGCCAAAGGCCUGGCAGCCUCCUCGGAGCCCUUAAUCUUCUCGGCGGACGGGGCGGAAGAAGAGGACGAGGAGGUGAUCUCUUCCGGGGACUGCGGGGUGGAUGGCGCUGCUCCCUGGUACCUGCGGGUACAGGAGCUGGCACAUGAUAGCCUCAUCGCGGCCACGCGGGCGCAGCUAGCUAAAGAUGCCAAGGCUAGCCUGGACGCUAGGGCUGGGAAUGGCCCCAACAGUGACCACCUGUCCAGCUUUCUGUCCGAGGGGCCCAAGAGAGAGCAGCCGGCGAGGGCUAGUCGUCCGCUGUCGUCUAAACAAAUCCUCCGCUGCUCAUUCGAGGGCUGCUACAGAACGUUCACCUGGCCUGCUCACCUUAAAUACCACCUAAAAACACACAGGAACGACCGUACCUUCCGGUGCGGGGCAGAGGGCUGUGGAAAGAGCUUCUUCGUGCUGCAGCGUCUCCAGGUGCACAUGAGGACUCACAAUGGAGACAAGCCCUUUAUCUGCAAAGAGAAGAACUGUGGCAAAAAGUUCACCACCGCGGGGAACCUCAAGAACCACAAACGUACACACACAGGCGAGAAGCCCUUCUUGUGUGAAGCAGAUGGCUGUGGACGGUCUUUCGCCGAGUACUCCAGUCUCCGCAAACACAUGCUGGUACACUCAGGAGAGAAGCCACACCAGUGCCGGAUCUGUGGGAAGAUGUUCUCUCAGAGUGGCAGCAGGAACGUCCACAUGAGGAAGAGGCACGGAGAGGAAGCUCUGGGGAACGAGGCCAGGGAAACGGGUGAGGCUCUGACACAAAGCAGUCUGCUGGAGGCCGAUGGGUCGCCCGGCGACAACAUGGUCACCAUGGCGGCGGGGGUGGAGCCCAUGAACAUCCACCAUGCCAUGCUGCAGGCCCAAGGUUCUGCAGACACCGUGGUUGUUCUGUCUCAACCCCAUGACCUAGUCACCAUGACAACGGCAAGCCACACAUACACAGAGGACGUAGUGGCUCUGUUGUAGUCAGUCUGACGUUUUCAGCAGUCAGUCGUCCACAUCUCAGGCAUUUGAGAGGCUGGUCUCUCUGUACAUAGAUGCAUCCUUCACUUUGGGCCCUGUAGAAAUCUGUAAUUAGCUACUGAGGGCUUUAUUUUGAGUAAAACACAUUAUUAAAUGUUCUAGAACUUGUACAAACAGCUUUUUCAGUAGUUUAUAAAUAUAAAGAAUUAUCAGGUGACUUUCCAAAGAAACAGACAGGUAUACAAAUUAGUUUUAUUAACAAUGUACAGGAAGUGUAUAAAGACCUGGAUUUGUGGUUGUGAAGCAACAUACUAAAUGAAUUGUGUAAACUUGCCUGCGAGCAAAUUAAGCUCAAUUGCACCCCUCUUUCUUUUGUAAAACAAUAUUAAGGCUAUAUUGCUCUCAGCUUAACUCCACAAUUGAAUCAAGUCAACCGAUAACGUAUCUGAAAACAACAAAAGAUGUGCUCCACAGAAAUGUGCUCUGUCCCUGAUCAUUAAUGGCAGUUCGAUGCUGCAUGUGGAGCAUUGUGUGGAACUGAACACAGUGUUAUUGCAAAGCACACCCCUGACACGCAUACCAGUUUUUCUGUUAUUAAAAUAAAGAGCUGAUUCCCAUGGUUCAUAUCAGACCUGAAAUUAAAAAGACUUCAAUAAUAUCCAUCUUUACAUAGUAUUUGCAGUAACACAACUAAGUUGAGUUUCAGUCAGCCCCCAGGGCUUUAAUAGUGACAUACCGUAAAACUUCAAUUAAUAGUAUGGGUGUUUUUUUCUUGCUUCAAUUACUGAACAGAACCGGUGCUCAUUACAGACACGCUUCAUUUCCUUAAAGUAGCGGUUUUAAAACUGGGGUACAAAGGCCAGGGGUUCAGAACAUUACAGAACGUUUUCACACUACUAUUAGAUAACUGCAGAACCCCGCUGGUUUCCAACUGAAUGUAACAUUGUUUAAGUCUGGGACACUAAUUUGAAAGUUACAUUUAGAGUGGCCACUAGGAGCAGUAUUGAGUGCUUUUAGAUUUAAAUAGACUGUCCGUUUGGUAGGGUGUUUUGGUUGGAGAUGGGCGGUAAAGCCACAGACUUUGCCUCCAAAGGUUGUGAGUUCGAAUCCAUACUGUAAAACGUGGGAUGUUUUUGCAUUCUAACCUAUUAGGUCACAAGUGGAUUCCAACUCUAAAGCAUUGGAGCCAGGGUCUGUGGCUCUCGCAUUCAACCACCAUCAAUGACCAAACGGACAGUUAUUUAAAUCUAAAAUCAUUCACUAAUGCCCCUAGCGGCCAUUCUAAAUGUAACAAGAAUUAGUGUCACAGACCUACGUAAACCAUAUUACAUCUAUCCUCAAAGGUUAAGUUUGAAAACAUGCUCUAAUACAUUAAAACAACUCUUGAAAUUUGUAACAUUACAAGUUUUGCAAUGUAACAUAUUGGGUUACGAGUGGAUUCAAACUCAAAACCACUAGAGCCAGUGUCUGUGGCUGUACUGCCCAACCACCAUCACUGGCCAACACUACCAAAGCGACAGUCUAUUUAAAUCCAGGAGCACUCCAGUGGCCAUUCUACGUGUAACAUCAUACCAAAUGGUCUCACAGACCUACGAAUACUAUUUCACGUAAAUCUAUCUACACGAGACCACGUUGACAGAACAUACUUUUGGUGAAAUCUUGAUCAAACUGCCUAACCGCCCCAAAUAAAAAGAAUGUUUUCUUCAAUAUGCAAAUAGCACCUAAGGUAGUCAAGGCCUUAUUACAGACAGACACAUGCUCUGAGGCCCCAACCUCCAGGGGCCCCAACCCAAUUAUUAUUAUUACAGACGGCAGGUGGGCAGGCCCCCAACUAAAACAUACUUCAGUGCCAAAAAACGUCAGACAGCUCUGUUCAAUUAGCAUACGAAACAUGGCACAAGCCAUGGCAAAGUGUGUAGAAGGAAAUGUGCUUUUAAAGUGCAACACUUUCUCUCAGCCUGAUUACUGAAUGUGUAGAACAGCAGGAGCACCACUGACAGUCAUUGUGUGGCUUGCCAGCUGCAUGCAGCUCUUAGAGGCUUAAUUGCCAGGCUUGCAAAUGUAGAAUUCCUUUUAGGUUACCCGCCCUGGGGCUUUUAAUAUUUUUGGGUCCAUGACAUGGAAAUGUUUUUAAAAAUUCAGUUUUAAUGCACGUAAUGUUCAUUGAAUGAAAUGUUAAAUAAACGGUUAGAAAGACUACCACACAGUUUACAGUGUGAGAAACAGAAUAAGAACAAAUCCAUUACUAAGUGGACUGCCUAUCAUAUAUUUGGCGUUUUCCUUCUCGUAUCCGACAUGGUGUAGCCGACCAUGUCAAACCAAAAUGCUGUCUCAUGCAUGGCAUCAAUAUUCUCUUUUUCCUCAGUCUUUACGGUACUCACUUUACUUGACGGUGAAUUUAGGCUGGGUGUGUUUGCUGAAACGUGUACCAAUGCCCAGCUAUUAAAAGGGUAUUUGAAAAUCUGCAUAUAAUUGAAGUUUUACGGUAUAUACUAUUAGCAGCCAGUCAAAACAGGCCAACAGGAGACCUACAGAACUAGCCCUUGACUGAUAGUAUGAGUCAUAAUCCCCAUAACACCUUGCAGAAAAACUCAAGAAGCAAUUCUUUUUGUGCUAUUAAACCAUUCAUUUCUUACAUAGGGGACUUUUAGAUCCAUUUCAAAUAGGGUCUGUGUUUUGUGUAGGCUUACUCCACUUCAGGGUUUUGAUAACUGUAAGUAUCUGUAAAACAAGGUUACUUUUCAAUAUUGGCUAAAUAUGAGCAAAGAUAUUUUGUGGUAGAGUUAAUUGAAGCAAAUAUGUAAACAAAUGUCACCUUGUCCUGAUGCGAUUUACACAGUUAUUAAAACACAGACUGAAACUCCUUGUGGGAUAAAUGAAUGGGGAAAUGCAAAGAACCAAUAAAACAUUUUGCCACUAGGUUUUAUGGGGAAUAUGACGAGUCGUUUGUUUUAGUCUAUUUAGUUUGUUGUAACUUUUCAAACAGUAAGGCAAAGAUGCAUGUUUUACAAAUUAGGGUCAAAAGGCAUAUUUUGAAGAUAUUACAGUCCACUCAGGCACAAAGGCAGUUCAGUUUAAAACAACAAGGAUCCCUCAGUCCAUCUCUUGUUGAGUCACCAUCUGAACCAGUGGUUUUCCCUGCUGCCCAUCCAAGCCAGCGUCCUCGUCUCUCAGUGGAUCUUUAGGUUAUGGAAGUGGUUGAACGUGGCACCCAAAGCCCAGCUCGUCUCUACGUUGUUCACUUUCUUAGUCAGCUUGAGAAGGGAGACAAACACACCAAAUCACUCAACAUGCCUUUUUGUAUUUAUUUAAAUAAAUGAAAAAGCCUAACUCA